GUACCGAGAGGCUAUUCACAAGUGGGAUGAAGCACUUCAGUUAACUCCAGAGGAUGCUACGCUUUAUGAGAUGAAAUCACAGGUGCUGAUGUCUUUACAUGAAAUGUUCCCAGCAGUGCACGCAGCAGAAAUGGCUGUCCAGAGAAACCCACGUUCCUGGGACGCCUGGCAGACUUUGGGACGUGCCCAGCUUGGAUUAGGAGAGAUAGCACUGGCAAUCCGAAGUUUCCAGGUAUCCUUACACAUGUUUCCAAUGAACCCUGAAGUAUGGAAAGAGGAUCUUUCCUGGGCAAGAAAACUACUUGAACAGCAGAAGGGAACAAAGACUGAGGCAGUGCAAGCACUGGCAAAAGAAAAAGAGCUUGCACAAGAAUCGAUCCCAGACUAUGACUUUGAAAGUGAUGAAAUUGUGGCAGUCUGUGCUGCCAUCGCAGAGAAGGAGAAGGCUCUUUCGGCAGCUAAAACGGUAGUGAUUGUGUCUGCUUCAGGCACAGUAGAGACUGUUACCGAGAAGGAGAAUUGUCCUACAACUCCUGAUGAAACCCUUUUCAUCAGAGCCCGAUAGGACAGCCUUAUGGGUUGCCAGUACUGUUUUAAGAACUAGUGCUAUUUAUUUUAUCGGGCUUGCUUUGUUUUUGGUUUUUAAGCAGUGGGAGAGCCUACAAAAGUUAAAGAACUGAAGUUAUUUUUCUUUUGUAAAUUGAAAAAGCAAUGAUCCGAGUUGUUGUUCCAUCCAUGUUUUUGGAGAAGAAAGCCAGGAAUUGAUUCUAAGGAUCUUAUGAACAAAUGUAAUGUUAAAAUGCUUAACUACAUUAACUGCUUUCAUCUUU